UCCUGCUGCUCAUACUCUGUUGUUUAUGAUAGCAUAUGGUUGGGAAUGAAUUUAUGCUGCCUUCUAAGUAAAUGUCAUUUGUGUUGUUGGAUUUUACACAAAUUUUCAGAACAAAAAGAAAUGAUGUUAGCGUAAGUGAAAUAGAGGCUCUUUAUGAACUAUUUAAGAAGAUUAGCAGUGCAGUAAUUGAUGACGGUUUAAUCAACAAGGAAGAGUUUCAAUUGGCGUUAUUUAAGACGAACAAAAAAGAGAGCCUGUUUGCUGAUCGGGUAUUUGACUUGUUUGACACAAAACAUAAUGGCAUCCUAGGCUUUGAAGAAUUUGCCCGCGCACUCUCUGUAUUUCAUCCGAAUGCCCCUAUCGAUGAUAAGAUUGAGUUUUCGUUUCAACUGUACGAUCUCAAGCAGCAAGGUUUUAUUGAGAGGCAAGAGGUGAAGCAAAUGGUAGUGGCAACUCUUGCAGAAUCUGCUAUGAACCUUUCAGAUGAUGUUAUAGAGAGCAUCAUUGACUAGAUAUUUCUGGAGUAGCAGUUUGCUUCUUGUGGAAUGCAGGCGUGUAAAGACUAAAAUAUUAAUCCACAGAAGAAUCAUGACGAAAACUUUUGUUUUUAAUUUACGUUAUUUAGAUUUGUGAACAACAUUAUGUAUGUAUUAUGCAAUAUUAUGUAUUGAGAUAAUUUUGCUAAUGUAUUGUUAUGAAUGGAAGAAUAUUUUAAUUAUGGAUGAAUUUUUAUUUA